AUGGCAGAUCGAUAUGCAGCUCGAUCUCCUACUAGAAUUCUUCACUACCGCAAAUUACUACAGAACACUAAGAAAAAUGCUCUAUCUGUUGAUGAUUACGUUCUUAAAAUGAAAGACUUGGCUGGAAACCUAGCAGCUGCUGGUGAUAAUGUCUCUGAGACAGAUCUGGUGAUGUAUAUUCUUAGAGGACUUGGCUCCGAUUUUCAACCAAUCUCAACAAUACUAGAGAUUCGACCAGAACAAUAUUCUUUAGAGGAGGUACAGCAUCAUCUUUUAGCUUUUGAGUCUAAACUGGAUGAACUUAACUCAGCUAUAACUAUGAUGCUACACAUAAAGCUGCAAAUAUGUUCUAAUAAUUUCUCAAGAGGUAGAGGUUUUAAUAAUUUCUUAAGAGGCAGAAGGCGAAAUUUCUUUGGUAGAGGUGGUGGUCGAUCAAAACCAACUUGUCAACUCUGUGGUGUCUAUGGUCAUGUUGUAGCUCAGUGCUAUCGACGGUUUGAUAGCACGUUUCUGGGACCAAAUGUUGGUAAUACUGUUUCUGAGGUUUUACAUCCUCCUACUCCAAGUAAUUUUAUUGGUCAAUCCUUUGCCUCACAUCCUUUAUAUAGUUUAUCAGCUCCAAAUUUUCCUUCGAAGUAUUUGGACAAUCAAGCCACUUUGACAAGUGCUUUUUCUUCUCCAAGCUCCUUCAUUCGAUCUCAAACUGGUACACCAUAUUAUGCAUCUCAAACAUCUUUUCCAUUGCUUGCUUCACACUAUCCUCUACAUUCUAGACCAACACCACCACUGUUACAGUUUGGUACUCUACUCCAAGUUGCAACCACCACUUCUUCUUAUGCACCUUCAGUUGGUCCACCUAGCCGACCUGUUUCUUCCUCUCUGCUAGCCCAAAGCCACAUGGUUCAUUCUACUACAACAACUACAGCACCACAAAAUUCUUUUCCAGUUGUGGUUGUAUCUGACAAGUUUGCUGGUCACUGUCAAUCAGCUUCACCAAUGACAUUACUUGAUCCAGCUUGGUAUUUUGACAAUGGUGCUACAGAUCAUGUAGCAGCUGAUGGAAAUGCUCUUUUAGAACAAAUUGAGUAUCGAGGAUCAUCAAGGGACUGUACUACUCAAAGGUGUGCUUGAUGAGGGCUUAUACAGAUUGAUACUUUCAAAAAGGGAUCAUCAUACCAAGCAUCUCUUCCUCAACUUUUCUAUCUUCUCAUGGUCUGAGCAAUAUUUCCAAUUCAUCAGACUCUUCUUUUCAAACUACAAUAGCUAGUUUCAUUUUUCCUAUAAAUGAUACUAAGAUGCUUUCUAAUCUUGCUGCAAAUUGUAAUAUUGAAUCUUCUCUUAUUUUGUCUUUAAAUAAAGAUUUGUCCUGUAAUGUUCCUGUUUCAAAGUCAACUUAGUUCAACUUUUCCUUGUAAUCAAAUCUUAGAUUUCAAUUGUAAUUCAUUUUCAUCACAGUCUGUUGAUAGUAAUAUGUUCUCUGAACAAUGUGAUUCUACUAUCAUCAAUAAAAACAAUUUUAUUUCAGUUUUACC